UCUGAGUGCGGAAGUGCCGCCUGAAUAUGGGAAGAGCAGAAAGUGAGAGGAGUUCCUGACUCGGAUCUGCAGCGGAACACGGAGGUUUUUAAAAGAAAUGGAACAUCCAGGCUCUUCCUCCGUGGGACCCGGCGGGAGGGUCGGGUCAGGGGCCGCGGAUCGGCCGCUCCCCCACCGGCCCGGCCCCAGACGUUGGUCCGUGGUCGCCCUGUCCGUCCUGGGCUCCGCGGCGUGUGUGUCCGCUGUCGGUUGCUUGUGCGCCUUCAUCUACCCCAUACUGAAAGAGCUGCGGGCAGGGAGAGUGAGAGGAGAGGACGGGACUGAAGAGAGAAUCCUGGGUUUCUGGAGCAUCCUUGUGCUGUCAGUAGUCGUUGGAUGCAUCUGCUGUGUCUUCUCGUGGACUCUCACCUACCUGGACUCGUACCAGCCGGGCACGGGGUUCCUGUCACCACUGUCACUGGCGCCCCUCAGAGAUGAAUCUGGCCAUGGAUUUCAAGUGGGUUAUGGUGCUGUCGGCCUCAACGGCAUCAUGGCCAUGCUCACCGUCUUCUGGAUCCUCACCUGACACACACACUGUUUCUUUUGUUUGUGCUUCUGUAAGUCUGCAGGAUUACAUAAGCAACUUGAAGAUAUAUAAAUAAAAAAUAACAAGCAUUCAGUUAGGUUGUGAAAUAUGUUAUUUAUGCAUAUUUCUAUAUUUAAUUACAUUUCAUAUUGAUGUAUUUCUACAUUCAUUUAUGUAUCUAUCAGGCCCAUAUAAGUCUUUUUCUUUACCCCACGAUAAAGACCAGUGUGCUGCAAUGUGUAUGUGUAUUUUUUUAGGUGUACCAUGCAUUAGCCACACUAAUAAAGGCUUUUAAAUUUU